AUGGGCCCCGCACGUAACAGUGUGCUGGUGCUGCUUGGCCUAGCCAUCAGCAUUCGAGCAGCGCCUGCAGGCUUAAAGAACCGCCAAAUUGAGCUUCUUCCACCGAAGCAAAGCGUGUCUUGGGACACGGGCAAUCCUGAACCUACAACAGAAUCACAGGAUCCUGUCACGCCCAGCAAGCCGACUGAUGCUUUCAGCCUCGGUACUCCUUCAGGAUGGUUGUCUUGGGAGACCAGUGGUCCCACCGCCACACCUGAACCUGAGCCUGUUUAUCCUGCUCCAUCGAAGCCAACAGACCAGUUCAGCAUCGGAAAACCUUCUUACUGGAUCUCAUGGGCUACCGGUGGACCUGAACCAACAUCAGUACCCGAUGAACCAGACUAUCCUGCGCCUAAGCCCAGUGACCAGAUCAGUAUUGGAAAGCCAAGUUACAGCAUCUCGUGGGACGGUUCAGGUCCAGGUGCCACAACAACACCAUCGCCAUCGCCAUCGCCAACACCCACGCCCACUCCCGUCUAUCCCUCCAUCACCUCCUUACCACCAGUAUGGUCCAACUCGACAACCACCAGCAAAGCAAUCCCGUCAAACACAACCAAACUCUCUUCAUCCACCAAGAAGCCCUCAUCAACCCCCAAGCCUCCUCCUCCUCCACACUUCCCUUUCCCUCCAUUUCCCUUCCCCUUCCCCCUCCCAGGCCCAAAGCCCACGACUACAAAAGCCCCUUAUGUGAGUCUCUCACCACCCAGGUACAGCGUGAGCUGGGACUUGCAACAGCGGAACCCCCCGCCACCACCUCAUACGCCGCAUCGGCCAAAGACGACGUCGACGAAGAAGAUGACUACUACCACUAAGACUACGUCGUCAUCAUCGAUGUUGAAGAGUACUUCAAAGUCUACGCCGAAGAGUACACCUACACCUACACCUACACCUACACCUACUCCAACUCCGACUCCCACGCCAACGCUAACAUCAUACGCACCGCCUGACAUCACUCUCGGCCCCCCAGGUUUCAGUGUAUCAUGGGGCCUCGAUGCACCCGCGGAGACGCCAACACCCGAUCCAGAAGCCGACCCGGAAUAUCCCAGUGACCCUGAUGAUGAUGAAGACCCCGUGCCCACCCCCACACAACCCAAUGAUAUCGGUAUUGGGAAGCCUUCUGCAACUAUCAUUUGGGGGAGAUGA